AUGGAAGAACAUGCACUAGCAUCUUCAAAGCAGGCCAGCACGUUCUUUUUCACUCCCAUUGUUUCUAAGGUGAAUCUGGUUUUCUUUAUUGGGUUCUCUUCAAAUUCUCUGGAGUUCUUCAGGAUUGUUCAUGGGUUGUUGAAGAGUGAACAAUUCCAUUUCAAAGGGGAGAAAGAAGUGUUAAGGAAGAAGAUCUGCGACGUCUCUACACUUUGUGACGUUGAAGCAUGCUUGAUCAUCUACGGGCCCAAUCAAGGUGAACCAGCAGAGACUUGGCCGGAGAAUCGCGAAGAUGUCCUCAACAUCAUUGAUCGGUAUAGAAAGAAAUGCAUAGCUACAAAGGGAAAAGGGAUUAGACAGAUAGUCCUCAAUGAAUUCUACAAGGGUCGAAUUAAGAAGCUUCGCAGAGAAUUGAUCGAGUUGCAGGAAAUCAACAAGAAGACCAAGUACUCUACAUGGGAUGACCGUAUAAACAAUUUAUCUGUGGAUCAGCUUAAGACUCUUUCUUCAUCUUUGGGUUUCAGGAUUGAAUUUUCGUCAAGGCUAUGUUUGGUAGCCUAG